AUGGAUAUCAACGGACGACCCCCUCCUCGACCGCAUACCUCCAACUCACGCCGCCCGGACAUGCGCCAACCCCCUCCUCGCGGAAUGCCACCAGGCCGUGGCCGAGGAGGAUAUCCCAUGGGCCCUGGAGCUCCACGACCACGGCCAGAUCGUCCUGAUCGCGCAUACCCGGAUCCAAAUGGCCCAAUGUCGGGCCCGUCGCGAAGUAACACGAUGCCUCUCGCGCAGCCGCCAGUACUAUAUCCACCGCACUCAGACUACCCCGAGCCCGAUUAUCCAGGCAGUCCAAUGGGCGAGAUGAUGCCUCCUCGUCCUAACACCGCGGGUGGAAUGCGCCAACCCCCGCCACCGCGCGCCCGCCCCGUGAAUGACAUUGAUCCCGGGCUGAUGAUUCCACCUGACCCCGUCAAUCGCGUUUCCUACGCGCCCAAAGACUUUCUGGAUAGCUACUUUGGCGGUGCGCCUGCUGAGGAUGAACCCGAUAUGCCCAACUUCGAUGCCAUGCCGUCAAAUCACAUGGGCCCGAUUGAUGAGAUGGGACUAGACACCCCCAAGCCCAAGCCGACUAUUCAAACGCCUACCUCUCCUUCCGGAGGGGCUCAAUACGCUGCAUUUUCUCCGGAUUCUGGACCAGGGACUCCGCAUAUGAGGUCCCAGCCUAACCUCCGUGACGGCCCUAAUCAGUUUGAAAAUGCGGGCUUCCAGUUUGACAUUCCGCAAGAUGCGCCACCAGUGCAAGGAAUGCGUCAGCCUGAUGGUUCGGGGUACGGAUACGAACAGACAAGCCCAUAUUCUCCUAAUGGCCAUGCCCCCUUCGCCAACCAGCCGCCUUAUCAAUCCGCGCCAGCACCCGCACCCGCACCAGUACAAGAGCACAACCCAGAUGCGCUUCCGCAUCACCCUGUACCGGUGCCGUUCCGUCCAGGCCACGACCAAGCUGCCAAACCAGCCCCCGUUCGCCAGUACAAUAACCCCCAAACUUCAGCCCCGGCGCCGGCGCCGGCUGCCGCUACCCCGCGCCCCAUGCCUCCAGAUGGAAUGGGCGUGGCGCAUACACCAGUCACGCCUGAGGAAUUACAGUCGUUGCAAGCGAAGGCACGCUCCAACCCCGGCGAUCAGGCGACUCAGCUUCUGCUAGCUAAGAAGCUUGCCGAAGCCGCCGUGGUUCUUGUAGACGCCAACAGCCGAUUGGACCCCAAGACCAAGGCCAAAACGAAGGAAAAGUAUAAUCUAGAUGCGCACAAGAUUGUCAAAAAGCUUGUGUCGACUGGAUACUCAGAGGCUCAGUUCUUUCUCGCCGACUGCUAUGGCGAGGGCCUCCUGGGUCUAGAAAUGGAUCCCAAGGAAGCCUUUUCUCUUUAUCAAUCUGCUGCAAAGCAAGGACACGCACAGUCCGCGUACCGUGUGGCAGUGUGCUGCGAGAUCGGCCAAGAAGAAGGUGGUGGCACCAAGCGGGACCCUUUCAAGGCCGUCCAGUGGUAUAAGCGAGCUGCCUCUCUGGGCGAUACACCCGCGAUGUAUAAGAUGGGCAUGAUUAAUCUAAAGGGACUUCUUGGCCAACAACGCACCCCUCGGGAAGGUGUCUCGUGGUUGAAGCGAGCAGCCGACCGCGCAGAUGCAGAGAAUCCACACGCACUCCAUGAACUCGCUUUGAUGUACCAGAGUGCAAGCGGCAACGAUACUAUCGUCCGCGACGAGGGAUACGCCAGUGAACUCUUCCACAAGGCCGCAGAACUCGGCUACAAAUUCUCUCAGUUCCGCUUAGGAAACGCCUAUGAGUAUGGUUUGCUGGGUUGUCCGAUUGAUAACCGUACGAGCAUUAUUUGGUAUACUCGUGCCGCUGCCCAGGGCGAGCACCAGAGUGAACUGGCCCUCAGUGGCUGGUAUCUGACUGGUUCCGAGGGGAUUCUACAACAAAACGAUACAGAGGCGUACCUGUGGGCUCGAAAGGCCGCCACGGCCGGUCUUGCCAAGGCUGAAUACGCGAUGGGAUACUUCACUGAGGUGGGAAUCGGAGCUUCUGCGAAUUUGGAGGAUGCGAAGCGCUGGUAUUGGCGUGCAGCUGGUAAGUUAGAAGCAGAACUCUCCAUUUUGAUGAUCCCGAGAUAUGAACUAUGCUAA